AUGUCGAUCUCGACCGCCAGCGAGCAGUUCUUUGAUAUACCGGAGCUUCCUAGGCUUCUGACGGUGUUCCUCGACCGGAAGGAUGUCUCGAGACUCGCCCGCACCAACCGCAGAAUGAACAGUCUUUGCACACCCUCACUCUACACGAGCCUGGAGCGAAGUCACGGCAUGGAGUGCAAGAUUUGGGAGAGUUUACCGGCUCUGCUCGCACUUGCACGGAACGUCCAGCACGUCAGGAAGCUGGACACCGGAAUGGUUAUGCUUACCUACUACUACAACUGCGCACUCGCUUUCGAGGAGCUUUACUCACGUACCUUGGGCACUCCACUCCCCCGACCCCCCUGGCUACCGCCCCUCGACAUCCGCACAUGCCAGGUGGUCGCUCUGCCUCCCAUAACCCGCCUGUCGUCUCUUCGUUUAAACCUUGACCCUUUGGACGAAGGACCCCUUACGAUGCCCAGCGCCAGCGACUUUCGAGCGGCAUUGCCUCAACUCUGUUGGGUUAUGUCCCAAAACCCCGGCUUGACCCAUCUGACCUUGACCUCGGUCCCACUUCUGAGUCUUCGAGGCGGACGGAUGUUUGCUAGAGCCCUUGCUGGACUGUCCAAGUUGAAGACGUUGUCACUCUGGAUUUUUUGCAGGAAUGACGAUUGGGUUGAGCUAUGGAAGUAUAUAUUCUUUCGCCUCCCAUCUUCGAUCCGAUGGCUAUUCUUGAACUUCGAGAACUGUGAGAGGCAUUCGCACUACCAAGAUGCACUGGAGGAAGUGGUGCACGCGAACGGGUGGAAGGGCGCGGAAGUGGAAGCGGUUGCUGAGCGACAGGAGCCAUUGAUUCAUUUGGCGGACAUGGUGUUUCUUGGCAUGAGGGGGUACCGAUGGGAGACGACGAACGAUCUCCGUGCGAUGUUGGCUCAUUGCCCUAAUCUCAAGAGAUUGAAUGGCGAUAUUAAUCUUGCAGACCACGGCAAGAUCGAAGCUCUUGGGCGAUUUAUUGCAGAAGGGUGUCCCAAGAUCGAAUGGCUAGGGUUUGGGAUGGUCGAGUAUGACGAGCGGUUAUCGGUCAGUAUCAUGAGCUCAUUGCCCGCACAAGUUGCCCGGUUGGAGUUGAGGAUCGGGUCUCCCGAGUUCGACAUGUCUGCGGUGAACUUGGCCAUCCAUCGACACUCAACAACACUACGAGUGCUUCAUCUCGAAGGACGCAUAGGUGUCAAUUGGUUCUCUGCCGCCACCAUUCUCAAGGAGUGCGUUAACCUGGAAAUCCUUGAUGCCUCAUGCAGGAAGACCGAGGGCCUCGUUAUCCCCCUGGAUGAUGUUUUGGAACAUCCUUGGGCCUGCACCAAGCUGAAGCAACUCAUUCUCGCAAUUGGAGGGUGCGAGAUACCCUACGAGUCUGAUGUCGAACCGUACUACCGUCGUCCAAACCCGAUCACCCUUGACAAGGUCGAAGCUGAGCACCUCUCCCGACUGGAGGAUCUGUACAAGCGGAUUGGAUCAUUGACGGCGUUGGAGGAACUGGAUCUGAAGAUGGUGCCACUGGACGAGGACGGCGAGGUGGACUAUGAUGCAUUGGAUAAUAACCACAUAUCAUUCCCUGCGAUGCUGAACCUACCUGACCCGCGGACAGGCAUGCCAGGAUUUCUUCACCACCUGGCUGGACUGGAGAACCUGAGGGUGAUUCGAGGGUCGGUUUGGGCUGAUACCGAGGAGACAGAGAGGACGAUUGACUGGUUGGAGGUGACCUGGAUGGAAAGACACUGGCCUCUUCUCAAAUACGCCGCGUUUUACCCCCUCUCUGCCAAACUGAUACUGGAUAUCGGUAUAAUUGAAGUCGCCUACUACAACAAAUGGGUUCUCGCCUUCGAGCAGGACCCUCAGUCACAAACCACCAUGGACUCCCUUCGACUUUCAGGACCAGCGCGUUUGCCACCAGCCGACACCCACUCCUCCCAGAUGGCCGCCUUACUUUCAAUGACCCGCCUGUUCCAACUCGAUAUCACCAUCGACCCUAUCAGCGAAAAAUCCUACUCGGUCCCCAGCGUCAAGGACUUUCGAGCCAGACUGGCCCAGACCCGAUGGCCGAUAUCCCGAAAUCCCGGUUUGGUCUCGCUGACCUUGUCUGGCAUCCCAAUCCUAGAGCAUCGAGUCUGGAGUUUGGCUGAGAUAUUGGCGGGGCUCUCCAGGUUGGGGACAUUGGCUCUCGACAUCCAUUGCAGGAACCACUAUUGGUUAGAGAUAUGGCGACAACUGUUCUUCUGCCUCCCGUCGUCGAUUCGAAAAGUUGCCGUGGAUUUCAAGAAGAACGGGAGAGUUUGGCGAUACGAACAGGUCUCUGCAGUGGGGCGAUUGAAAGACAGUUCGCAUCGCGAGGAUAAGGCGCGGUUAUGGAACGGCGACUGGAGCCAUUGCUCCAUCUCGAGGAGCUGUCGUUUCGUGGGACGGGGUCAUUGGUGGAGGGAAACGGUCGAUCUCGCGGCGAUGUUGGCUCAUUGCCCCAGACUCAAGAAGUUCCACGCGCACUUGCAGAUCUCAAACUGGGUCCUGGAUGUCGAGGUUGUUGCGCGGCUCGUUGCGGAGGCGUGUCCCAGGAUUGAAGUGUUUGCGUAUGGAGCGGACCAUGCGGGGGACCAGAUGAUGUUGCCACUCAGGAUCAUGGGCGCAUUGCCCGCACAGCAGGUGGUCAGUGUUGAGUUGCGCGCUGGACGUUCCGGGAUUGAUCGGCAUAUGAUGAACUUGGCCAUACAAACGCCCUUGGUCUUGACUCGCCUCGCGCUCGGGAUCAGUGGAUGUGAGGUGCCUGAGGAGCCUGGAGUCGAGCCUUACCACCGUCGCCCAACUCCUAUCAUACUUACCGCGAACGAGACGCGGAACUUUUCUCGAUUGGAGGAUCUCUACAGGAGGAUCUUUACAGGAGGAUCGGUGCGUUGA